AGCCAUUUUUUCAUUUGCAUUUCGCUUGGGUAAAUGUACUUUUAAGCUGGUAAUUUUUUUGAUACUAUUAAGAAGAUUAGUGAACUUAAUUUCGAUUUUAUGAAGUACAAUUAACCAUUGGUAUUUCAAUAUAAAAUAGUUUUUGAUUCAUUGGGCUUUCUUAAUAUUUGAAAUGAAAAAAAAUAAUUUAAAUCUUGAAAGCAAUGAUGAGAGGCGAAAAAAUCUAUAUAGAGAUAUUCAACCACGGUCAAGAAACGAAGAAGACAAACAAAGGCGAAGAGAAGAAUGGAUGAUUCAACAAAAACUUGAGAAAGAGCACGAAAAAUUAAAGAGAAAAAAAAUAUUUGAGUACGAGUUGAAACGAGCCCGUGAAAUUAGCGCAAGUAUCAGCAGAGGAAGAUCAGCGAAUGAAAGUGAUAGCAAAACUAGAGAUAGAUCUUUGGAAAACAAAUCUUUGGAAAAAAAAACUAAAGCUACGAGUUCUAAAUCAUCCGUUAUGGCUGAGAAAUUGGAUACUUCUGGCAGUGUAGGUUCAACUUCUAUAUUUCAAGGCCCGGAGGGAAUUAAAAUAAGCGAGAAAGAACUACAUUGUAUUAAAGUAAAUGUACAUAGAAAUUUGUCUGUGGAUAUGCCAUCGAACGAAUUAAAUCGUGACAUUAUUAAACCAGAGGAGGUUGUCAUAAUAAGAAGAAGUGGAGAAGGCUCAAAACCAAUCUUCGAAAGAGAAGAGUUACAAAGUUCUUCCAAGAAACAUAAAGAAAUCGAAGAACGUCGUACAGUGAUGGCUAUUGAAAGUGGAGACACAGGUAACAAAUCGGAAUCAUUUAGAAGACGUUCUCCAUCUUCUAAUUUGUUAAGGCAUCGUAGCCAACGUUCUUCGUCUUCUCGACGUUCCAAGUCAAAAGAAUCAAAAGAUUCGAGUUGUAAAUCUGACUGGAAUAUUAGCAAAAAAAGUGAUAGACGACCAAGUAGAGAAAGAUAUCGUGAAAGAGAUAGAAGAGACAGCGAAUAUGAUCGUCCAAGCAGUAGCAGCAACAGGUACAGAUCAUCUCGAAAUAGGGAGAGCUCUUAUCGAGAGUAUGGAAAUUAUCGACGUGAUUCUUCUCCCRAACAAGAUUUUAGUCAUAGGAGUGWAUCACGGAGAGGUGAUAAGGAAGAGGAAAGCAGCAGUAGCAGCAAAUUCAAGAAUUAUUCCAGUAAUAGAGAGAGAAGAUCUAGAUCUCGUUCUAGAUCCAGAGAUAGUAGGUAUAGAGAGAGACAAAUGGUACCAUCCUAUUGCGUCGACCAAAUGCCUUAUCCAGUUUAUUACGGGCCACGACCUAUGAUGGUGGGACCCAUGAUGCCAUAUAGAGGACAAGUUCCUAUGCCCAGAGGCGGCAGAUUACCUCCUUCGUUAAUAGGACCCAUAAGACCAUUUCCACCUCGUUUCAUGCCACCCAAUGUAUUUAGACUAGGUCCGCCAUCCAAUUAUAGGUUUGGACCAAUGCUUUAACAGGAUUUAUUGUUAGGAAAAAAUUUUCUGACAAUUUUAUAUUUACUAAAUACAAGUAUUUUAUCAUAUGCAACUUAUGUAAUCUAUUUUAAAAAUACGUGUUACGUUAAAAUAACGUAGUAUAGAUAUUGUUCGAUGAAAUAAAAUCUUUUA